GAAGUGCAGAUUCCAGAUCAUUUGAGCUCUUGUUGUGGCAUUGUCAAACACUAAAGACCGCAGACGCAGGCACAUGGCUUCUGAAGAGUCUCCGGCUGACAAUCAUGACACCAAAGAACCAGUGGAAGAUACUGAACCCAGCACUUUGCUUUUUGAAACAACCGAAAAGUAUCCUGUCCAAGAUACAAAGCUUCCUAAAGGAGAUGAACGCCUUCCAGAUGCUAUUCUUCUAGAAAACCCUACUGAUUUUCCUGAAAUUCCUACAUCGGACAGGAUAAAGCAGCCAGAAGAAAAUGACUGUCCAGUAAUGACUAUUGACACACUCCCUGAUAUAACCAAGAUCACCCAUUCAUACCAAGAGAGCAGUGAAACUUUCCCACCAACUAUUAGCGACUUGCUGAACGACGAGGAUCUGUUAUACACUCUUCAGAUCAAGCUAGACCCUUGUCACCCUACUGUAAAAAACUGGAGAAACUUUGCCAGCAGGUGGGGAAUGAGUUAUGAUGAAUUAUGCUUCUUGGAGCAGAAACAACAGAGUCCUACCGUUGGGUUCUUACUAAGGAACAGUGAGAGAACUGUGGAGCAGCUGAUUCACUUAUGUAAACUCUACAGACGGGUUGACGUCCAAAAAGUGUUGUUGAAAUGGGUUAACGUGGAUUGGCCGAUGCGACUACGUAAAAACUACAAGAGCAGUAUGUGACCCGGAGCACGUAUUGAACUUUUGUUACUUAUAAAUAUAUUAUUGAGGUAGACAUGUAUCAUGUAGCUGAAAAGAUUGACCAAUAUUUUUCUCCUUCCACACCAAUUUAUCUUUUUUUAUAUUCACCGAAACAUUACUAUUUUUGAGUA